AUGAACGAAGGCUUGAAUGGCGGCGACCCCGCGGAUGACUUCGACUUGUUCUGGGGCAUGCCGCGGUCAGGUGGGGGAGACGGCGGCAGCAGCGGGAGCGGCAUCAAUCAUGAGAGUCGCGGGGGCGGAGGCCUCACCGACGUCACCAGCGGCGGCGCCGGGUUGAUGUCGUCUCCGACCCUCAGCGGCAGCAGCAGCCGUGCCGGCAACCUGAACACGGCGACGCCGACGCUCAUGGGAAGCCUCUGGUCGCACAGCAGCAUGCCGCCGGAGGCGUACGGCCACUCUCUGCACGUGCACGCCAGCCAGGCCGAGGGUCCAGCCCCUACUGCAGCCGGCCUAAACGCCGACCUACACGGGGGCUCACCGCCGCCGCCCGCGAGCUCCCGGCGGCCGGUCUGGCUGCCGCCCCCCAGCCAGCACCACCAGCACUCGGCAGGAAGAGGAGACGGCAUGCAUGUUAGCAGCAGGCAACGCCAGCAGCACCUUCCCGCUACUAGCCCCCCGCGGCAACCGGCACGCCCAACUGCUGUGACAGAUGCAAGGGGCCGCGGUAGAAAUGGCGGCGAGACUGGCGUUAGCGGCAGUAUCGUCGAGUACAAGCUGGAGGAGCUCGCGGCGGUGAUCACCGCGUCCGUGGUGGGCAAGCUCGAGGUCGACGUUAGGGAAGCGCUGUGGGCGGGCAACCAGCAGCAACACCAUUCGCCUGCUCCUCCUCCUCCUCCUCCUCCUCCUCCUCCUCCUCCUCCUCCCCCUGCCGCUGCUGCGGUUCCUAGCCACGAGGACGACCAGAGACGAGUGGCGGCGGCAGUGGAGGCGACGGUGGCACCUCUACGCUCUAGACUCGCGGCUCUCGAGGAACAGAUGAUUCGGCUGUCAGCCGCAAGCAGGAGCGGCAGCGGCAGCAGCGGAGAUGGCGGUCGUGAUACCCCUAGAGGGGUCCGUGGUAAUAGCAGCGGUAGCGGUGGGGGCGUGAAGGGCGGGGCGGGUGGAAACGCUGCGGCAGAACCAAUCGCUGCCCUCACCGCGCUCGCUCAGCGCACGGGGACCCUCGAGGGCAGGCACAAGCAGCUCCAGGCGAAGGUCGCCCUGCUGGACAACUCUUUCGGCCCCAAGGCGUCGGACUGGGCGCAGACCAUCAAGGCGUUUCUCCAAGAGCGCGUGUCGGAGCCGGCUGCCGGGGCGGCAGGAAGAGCAGCGGUCACGGUCGGAACCCGCGGCAAGGGAGGAAAGCGAGGCUUGGGUAUCGACGCGCCGGCGUUUGUCCCUCAAUCAGCAGCGCAAAGAAGCACUGCUGCAGUGUGCGCCAGCGCUAGUAGCGGCCCCGGCCAGGGGGCAGCAAGAGCAGCGCCGCCAGCACCAGCACCCUCCGUUGAUGUCGAAGGCGCAAAGCACGAAGAAAGCGCGCCCGAAGUCGUAGGGGCGGUGCAGGGAGACUCUACCGCCGCUGACAAGCCAACGGCAGCGAAAGGAGCGGCGACGGCGACGGCGGCAGCUGCAGGGAAACUUCAGCGCUGCGCGGGGUGCGCGGAGACGCAGGAACGCUGCAGCCGGCUCGAGAAACGUGUGGCAGAGUCGGAGCGAGCGCUGUCCUUGCUGCAGAGCCAGGCGGCGGCGGCGGCGGCGGCGGCGGCGGCGACGGAGGCUACCGCGGCGUUGGAGAGCAGGCGAACGGCGGCUGCCGCGGCCACGGCGGCCGCAGAAAAGGCAGCGUCAUUGGAUCAAAAGGCGGCGGCUACGGCUGCGGCGGGGGGAGGAGGGAACUGGGCAUCGAAGACGUCCGUGGAGAAGCUCGCUGCCGCGUUGAGGCAGCUGGCGGCGCGGACAAAGGACGGGGAGGACGCGCUGGCCCUUGUGGACCACGGCCUCAGGGGUGUCCGAGAAGAGAUGGCGCCGUUAUCCCGGUCUGUGUUGACACUGAAGCGGCUGGUGGAAUCCCAACUGAGAGAGAAAGACCAGGCGGCGGAACUCCUCAAGGGUUACGUCACCACCAUAACGAGGGAGGUGGCUGCGAUCUCUCGGCAGUAUAUAGUGGGGCUGAUGGUCCCCGGGGGGGUCGCCGCCGCUGCCGCGAACAGCAACAACCACAGCGGCGGGUUCAACGGCGACGGUCGAGUCGAGCCCGCUGCUGUAGCUGCUACCACCAUUCCUGCUGUAACCAUCACCCCCGUUACCACUACGCCGGUACCUCCGCUGGUCGGUGAUUCGUCUCCCGCUGCUGCGGCUGGCGGCAUCAGCAGCAGUAGCAACGUGAUUGCGGUAGAAAAAGAAGAAAAGAAGGUAGACAAAUAACCAGAAGAAAGUUUGUGAAACCGCCGUUGCUCCCCUAGCAGAACAAUUUUUUUUGGAACACGACUUCAGUCUUGCAGGCGACGAAACAGAGCCUUGGGGCUAUGUGUGGUCAGUGGGGUUAGCUUCCCUUUUAACCCCAGGAACAACAAGGACCACUACUGUGUUGGUGUGUGCCUUGAACACAGACAGCGGCGUAGAUUGAACGAGGCGGCCAGAGAAAAUUGGUGGUGUGGAUAGAGAUGGCCUUGGAACCUGUUUUGGUUCUGGAUGGCUGUUUUGAGUGUUUGGUGUCUAGUACGCCAUCGUCAGUGGUGCGGUGAAAAUGGUGGUGGUGGUGGUGGUGGUGGUGGUGGUGGUGGUAAUGAUGGAAUGCCAACUGAUGACAAUAACCGACGAGAUGUGUUGUUGCUGCUGCUGUUUCGAAGUGUUCGACCUGAUGUAUGCAUACGGCAACGAAUGUUGAUGUUGUAGAAAUGGUUGGCGUGCAAGUACAUUGUUGUUCGUGGUGUUGUGGUAGACAAGCAGUUAUAGAUGGAACACGGCCGUUCGCAUUCGCUUUCUUUUUUCCUCGAAAGUACAUUGUUUACUCCUAGUAUUGUGGUGGACAAGCAGUUACUACACGGAACACGGCCGUCCACUUUUUUCUUUCAUCUUCUCGUUUUUUUUGCAAGAGAAAGCGACGCAUCGGGUGUCAUGUUGUUUCCCUCCUGCAUGUAGCAGGCAUGCCCGGAAAGUCGGUGGGAGUAUUUGAGUGGUCCCCACGACAACAAGCCAGAGGCCACUGCUGUUUCGGGGCAGACGGACGAUUUUGUCAGAACAUGACACAGAUGGACGGCCCGUGACAAUGCUUAGAGCGGAUGCGGUGAACAAGUGUUGCUUGACGCAAUCAUCAUCGAGCUGCUCGAAAAUGUUCGCCUGCUGUUGAUUUGCCUACAUCUUUGAACUGCAAGAAAUAUAUGCGUCUGUGCGGAGAUGUAGGGGGUCAAGGACAUGCCAAGGACACAGUUUCCCGUGCAGGCGAAGGAGAGAACGUAUUAUGCAGAUGUGUUCUUGGCGUCAAGCUUGAUGUGAACGUGGGCAAACGACUCACGUCAUCAUGUGCUUUUGAUUGUUUUCGAUGGGACUUGUGACACAAUCGUUUUGAAUGUUGGCGUUUCACCUCUGAUACACCCCCCCCAUCCUCUCGAGGAAAGUGUUCAAUGGUUUUUACAGCUAAGGCAUGCAAAACUUGAGGAACCCCCCUAGGUCGGCCCUUGCUCGCAGCACCAGGUUGGAGCGAUGCCUCAAAAAGCUGUUGCGUGUUGAUUUUCGAUCGGCCCGCCCGUCACAACUGCCUUCAAAGUUACCGUAAACGAGCACAGUACCUGUCUUGGUUUCAUUCUUCUUUCAGCAGCAGUGUCUACAUGAACGUCUUCUGUCCUCAGUUCAAAGCAGGCGACUUCUCUCUCACUUUCCCCCUUGGUUUCCUUCCUACUGUAAGGUAUCCGAAUUUUGUGUUCGCGUUUCACGGCAUACUUCAUCUUCCAUCCAAUCCAGGCACUGCAGCGCUGCUAGUCCACGCUGUUGCGAGACGAUCAUCAUUUUGUUCUGUUGACCUAGUGUAAGCGUUUCACAGCCGUUUGCUUUGCCUUCUGUUGCUGUGCUCUAGGAGCAAAACUGUCUUCCCACGU